UAUAUCGAAUUCGAGAAAAAAUCAAUUUCUUUUACCUUAAUUUUUGAAAUAAAAAUUCCUUAAAAAGUUUUCAAAAUGUCAUAUAGCAGACCAAGUACAAGUGCUUCAAAUGAAGCACCAAAAGAUUAUGAGGUUCCUCAUGGUCCAAACGAUUCAGUUUCAGCAGUCUCAUUUUCACCAGUAGCCGAUUUCUUUACAGUAUCUUCGUGGGACACUUACGUUAGAAUCUAUGAAGCCAACAUGUCUACCGGAGCAGCAAUAGGCAAAGCUCUUUAUAAUCAUGAGAAACCUGUAUUAUGUUGUGCAUGGAGUAAAGAUGGAACUAAAGUUAUUUCAGGCGGUGCGGAUAAUGCAGGAAGAUGUUUUGAUAUUACUUCUCAACAAGUAGGCCAAAUAGCCGUACAUGACCAACCUAUUAAAUGUAUUAAAUACAUUGAAAAUCAUAAUCUCGUGUUGACUGGAAGCUGGGAUAAGACACUUAAGUAUUGGGACAUGCGCUCUUCCACGCCCGUACUUACUGUUAAUCUUCCAGAACGAUGUUAUGCUUUGGAUUUUUCUUAUCCUGUAUUAGUUGUAGGAUGUGCCGAAAGACACGUCCAAAUUUUUGAUCUUAGUAAAGACCCAAGGACACCUGUCAAGAGUCUUAUAAGUCCUUUGAAAUGGCAAACUCGAUGCAUUUCAACCUUUUUAAAUCGUAGUGGAUAUUCUAUGGGAAAUGUUGACCGUGACUGUACUGGAUAUGCUAUAGGAAGUAUUGAAGGACGUGUCGGAAUACAAUAUUUUGAAGAAAAAGAAAAUCAAUCGAGUUUCUCUUUUAAAUGUCAUCGAGAAAACAAUCACGUACAUGCAGUUAAUGCUAUUUCUUUUCAUCCUACGUAUGGCACAUUCUCAACCGCAGGAAGUGACGGUACUUUUAAUUUUUGGGAUAAGGAUUCUAAACAACGUCUUAAAGGUUUCAGUUCAAUUGGAGGUCCAAUUACUUCUACUACUUUUAAUAGUAACGGCAGUAUUUUUGCUUAUGCGUUAAGUUACGAUUGGAGUAAAGGUUUGAUAUCGCAACCACAAAGGACUGCAGUUUUCUUGCAUGCUGUAAAGGACGAAGAUGUCAAACCAAAACCACCUAAAAAACGUUAAUUACUCGAAUCAAAUAUUUAUAUUAUAACAUUUCGAAUCACAAAUAAAAUUUUGCAUCAUAUGUAGUAAUAAAUGAAAGAUUUUUUUUUUAAUAAUUAGUAUGAUAUUAUCAACAUCAGAAUAGUAAAAUAAAUUAUAUAUAAAUUAUAUAGAAAAAAAAAAAUCAUAAUUAUUAGUAAACAUUUGUAUUUUGAAUCAAAGUUAGUUAGCAUUGCUUUAUUU